UCCGGGUUACACCCAUCUCUCUUCUGAAACUAGACUAGUCGGAGGCUGCAGUACAUGAGAAAGCUCAAAUUGUUUUGUUUACAAAGCGCUAGCUACGUAAGUGCAUGGACCUCAAAAUGCAAAGCCUGGCCCAGGAGGAUAAAGAUGCCAGUCUUCCUCUGUCAUCCCUGCGUCUUCACGUCCCUCCACUGCGGCUGGUGUCGGCCGCUCUGUGGCAAGUCGUCCAGCGGAGAGACAUUAUGGACUACGGCUUGGUGGAGGAGUUUGUCAGCACCGUCUUCCAGGUAGUCCCUGAUCUGAUGAGUUACAGAGAGCGAGUGCAACUCAUCAUGGGGCUUCGAGCACAGCUGGUUCUAGAGUUGUUUCGUACAGAUCACUUAGCCAACCCUGAGACGGUCCAGCCCCACCUCAACAGAGUGAGAUCCUGUAUCAACACUCAUAGGGAUAUUGAGGUUCCUGAUCCAGAGGUGGAGGUAUCAGAAUCUAACUUCCUGAAGCUGAUUCAAACCCUACUAGAGGACCCAGUUCAGAGGGAACGCUUCUUCCAGAACGUUUUUCUAGAGGAAUUUGGCGCCAAGUUCAACUCUGCACUUCAGUCUCUGUUGUGGGAGUUUCUAUCUAGGUUGGAGAAGCUGCUUCCAACACCAACUCUUCAACAGACUGCAUCUUGGAUCUCUCCGGACCACUCUAUCCUAGAGGAGUGUGUGCAGACAGUGUGUCAUCCAGAACCCUUGAAGUCCCUUCUCCAGUACCACAACAACAGAUAUCAUAUGGACACCAACGAUGGAUCUUCGGUUGAUAACCACAUACUGUCCUCUCUGUCCCUCUCACCCUCACUCCUAGAAACCAGUGAGCCCUUUGACACAGAGGUUAACCCAGAACGUAUGCAGGGGUCUCUGAACAUUGGGAGCCCUUCCGUAUCGGAUGAGUUGGAAAUGAACACACCUUCCAACCAUCUUCAAAACGAAAAUGGGCUGGAACUCCAAGCGAAGCCUCACACCAUCCAAAAGCAAGUGCAGGAAUUGUCAAGUUUGUCUUCUUCCUGUCUGCUCUUUCAGCCUACAGUGCUGCUGCACAGACUGGAAAAUACUGAUAUGCAUUUAACUGUGUCUUUUCCAACAUUGAGGAAAGAAAUACCUCAGAAAUCUUUGUCUAAAACAACGGGUACAUUUGUUAGAAGCAAGCGGCUCAAAAUGUGCUCCUUAUGUGGGAAGACUUUCAUUGAAGCAGAAGAUUUGACGGCACACGUAAGAUCUCACACUGAGCUGAGUCCUUUCCAGUGUGUGCGGUGUUUAGACAGUUUUGAAGAUCAGGAGAACUUCCUGAAACAUCAGCAGACUGGGUGUGAGGAGGCAGCUGAACCAGACGAGGACAACAUGUCAACAGAAUCUGUUGAGGAUGGGAUAGAGACAUCCCAAACCCAUGAUACUUCAGUUCUGCGCCGAACAGCUUCCAAAGUUCGGCCCACUACAACACAGUCUUCCAAAGCCAAAACAUGUAAUCUGUGUUACAAAACUUUCAUCACUGUACAUGCAAUGAGAAGGCACCAGAUCUUCAAACAUGAUCAGCUCCUUUACCAGUGCUGCGACUGUGGAGAACAUUUCAACAGAAAGUUUAAUCUAAGGGAACACAAGGCUAAAUGCCAUCCAACUAAAUCUUCCAAAUCCAGAACAUGCUGUUUGUGUAACAACUCUUUCACCAGUCUUUAUUUUUUGACAAAGCAUCUUAAAUCGCAACAUAAUAUGCUCCCUUACCAGUAUCGUGAGUUUAAGAGGAAAACUCGCUUUUCCUGCCUUGGCUGUGAAGCAAAGUUUGAAAAUAGGUGCAAUUUGAAGGAGCAUAAAAAAGAGUGUUUGGGAGUGAAAGGUCUCUUCUCUUGCUCUGUUUGCAAGAAGGCUUUCAUUCAAGCAAGGGAUUUAAAAGCACACAUGAGAUCUCACAAGAAAGGUUUUAAUUUGAAAGAACCUAAAAAAGCUGCAGAGAGUCUUCACUCUUGCUCGAUUUGUGAUCAGACUUUCGUUAAGAGACAAGAUUUGAAAACACACUGGAGAAUCCACAAGUACCAGUGCACCCAGUGUUUGCAAAGCUUUGACCUUGAGGAGGAGUUACAGAAACAUCUUCGGGAAGUUCUGGAGGUGGCCGCUCAAGUAGAAGAGGACGACACACCUACAUCUUUUGAAGAGGAGACAUACCAGUUCUUUGACCGGUCCAACGGCAGUCACAUUCAAAGAUACUCUUCGAGAGCCAGAACAUGCCGUAUGUGUCAUAAGACCUUUGACAAUCCGUCUUCAAUGCGAACACAUCUGAAUUCCAAACAUGCCCAGCUACCUUACCAGUGCCAGCACUGUGGAGAAAACUUUAAGAAGCGGCUCAAUUUGAAAGAACACAGGAAAGAGUGCCAUCCCGAUCCAAAUUUUGAACCCAAGCAGUCAGUUAAAAUGAGGACAUGCCACUUGUGUCACAAUGUUUUUGACAGUACCACUUCUAUGAGGAAGCAUCUUAAAUCCCAGCAUGGUCAACUCCCUUACCAGUGCCCUGGCUGCGGAAAAGAUUUCCUGAAGAAACUUUCUUUGAAGGAGCAUGGAAAGGAGUGCUUUCAGAAACCACCAAAAGACCUGAGGGAGUCAGGCGAGGCAGUCGGUCCGAACCAGCACACAAGGGAAGUCAAUCCAGCAGAUGGCAGCAGCUCCCUGGUUUCUAGUAAAACCUCUGUAAACCAGAACCUAAUAACUCCACCCACUAAGAACUCCUAUCUUUGUGAGAUCUGUGGUAAAGGUUUUGACAUGCUGUCUCAAAUGAAAGAACAUAUGAGAAUCCACACCGGAGUGCGCCCCUUCCACUGCAGAGAUUGUGGCAAAGCCUUCAGUAGAAAGCGGAGUCUGAAGCGCCAUCGAUUGAUUCAUACAGAAGGUCGGCCAUUCCUUUGCACAGAUUGUGGCAAAUGUUUUAGUACAGAGGGCAGUCUGAAAUCUCAUCACCUGAUUCAUACAGGAGAACGGCCAUUUGAGUGCACUUUAUGCAAGUCAUGCUAUCUCACAAAGAAACACCUGCAAAGACAUAUGAGAAAACAUUGUUUUAAAACACAGUCAUAAAAAGUUUGUCACUCAAAAGGAUUUUCUUUAUUUUCUGGACUCAUUCCAACAACAAUUUAUUGUAAGGCGAAGGCAGGUCAGGGGCAGGCAGAGGAUCGAUACACAGGCUUUAAGGACAGGCCGGCGAUGAGAAGACUGGUGGUCGUGGAUAGGCAGGAGUACAGUACACAGGAGAUCUAGAGAUAAACACUAAGAGCAUUGGAAAAUAAAAAUAAAACACAAGGACCCUUGGCAUAAGACACAAAACAAACUGGCACAGGAACACAGGAAGGGCACAGAUUAAAUACACAGGGGGUAAUUGGGAUGGACCAUAAAGACAGCACAGGUGGAGGGAAUCAGGGUGACAUUUAUUUGUAUUCGUGACAUUUCGUUUUUCAUCCAGCUCUUUGUGUUCUGUCUUUUAUGUAACCCUGCCUGAGAUCUUAAGAUUUGGUUUCACAGACCAGAGGGGUGUACUACGAAGGGUGUUCAACCUACUCAGGUUUAACUUGGGGUUAUCGAGAAAAGUCAGGGUUGACAAACUCUGAUUGCCUAAAGUGGUGUUAAAUGGUAUUACGACAGUGUUUAAGAUGUUUGUUAGUUGACUUGGUGUUAACUUACUGGAGUUUGUGAGCAUUCGCCUAAAAGGGGCGUGUUCAGCAACGCAAGCUGAGGCUCAUGCUCCGUCUUCUAUCCUGGAAGUGUGCAUGUUUAAAUAGAAAGGUUAACGGCUUAAUCUAACACUGUGACGGCCAACAAAGCCAGAGAGGCUUGUUGGCAGGAUAUUGAUGACAGUAAAUCAAUGAGAGCAGUGUUCUUGUCCUAUGUUCUCUAUUCUGGCUGACAGACUGUAUUUGUAGUAUGAUUGAGAUGUAAGGACAAGAGAAUAGUCUAUCUAAACAUGUGAAAACAAAAGAUAAUUCAGUUAUGGCCUAAACAUGGGCUACACCUCUGGAAUUGACCCAUUACCCACUGUUAAUUAUUUAAGUUCUACUCCAUUGAACACCUAGGUUGCAGGGCUACCUGUAUGAAUUUAAUGAUCAAAUACCUGAACAUGAAUUCCUAUUCACAUAACCCCCCUCAUGUUCUCCCAGGGCGCUCUAAUGAGGAUAUGCGUACGGUCAAUCGCACCAAUCCCCUUCGGGAUUCAUAUGCGGAAAAAAAAAUAUAAGGCCCAGUGUAUUGCAUAUUAAAAAUAGACCAAGUAUUUUUUGCUAAUUACUUGCGAUCGCAUAAAAAGCAUAGUUAAUCCUAAGAAUUCUUAAAUGGCCAGGGAACACAACAAAUGCAUCAAGCAGUUUAGUGAGAGCAAGUACCACCUUGGGAACUGCUCGGCGAAGCCUACAGUAUUCUUGCUCAGAUGUUCAGCGUCACCGAUGGAAUACAUGAAUGUCCCCUGGCAAAAUAUCGCCCAGCACGACACACUGCUCAACAUUACUCCGGCGAGUGGCAAUGCAGACGUCUGGCCCUAGAAGCCGGCAAAGAUACCGAAUUCCCUCGGAUGAGAAGCAAUAUAUUCAUUAGAAAACACCAUCGGGGUAAAUUAAAUGAGUUACAAGGUCUUUAAACACCCUCGCCCUGCGGAGUGAGCCUCACAAUCCGUGCGGCAAUGUCGAUUGGGUCUCCCAAUGUGCCGGUCUUUUUGUGGGCGGAAGGGCGGUGCUUACCUUUGGUAACAUAGAGUUAACCAUGAAGAUAACACGCUCUGAGCUGUUUAGAGAUGCAGCGUAAAUUGCCAUGGCAGCAUACCCGGGGUAAAACGUAUUCACCUUUCGUAAUACGGGUUAAUUGGAAGUUACACCCGAGGUCACCAAGUUACUCCUGAAGUUAGCUCGAUAAGCCUGUUACCUCGCUUUGUAUUAUACCCCUCAGGUCUCAAAUGUAAAAACAUUUUUCUUGAGUAUGCUGAGAAAUAUUAUAUUACAAAGUUAUUUUCCAUUUGAUUUCCUUCAAUUCUUAGCAUUGUCAUCUAGCUGUAACAACCCAUUGUGAAUAUAUUGUAUUUACGAACUGCAGUAUGUGUAGACGAUAUAUAUUGAAAUAAACCGAUGGGGGGAAAAUUC